AUGCCGAUCGGCGCCUUCUUUCUCGCUUUGACAGAGGAAGCGAAUGCAUCCAACGCCGACAACAGACCGGACGCAGACAACGACGGUGGGAAAUGGCGGCUGGAGCUUUAUAACGGCCAGUCUGGGUAUAAGCAGAUGUCGGUAGACCCUUUCUUGCGCUACCACGCGCACACAGACUCGGGGUCCUUAGGCCCGUACAAGACGCAGCAGGAGUCUGCGGUAGCCCUUGGACGCCGGGUCCAGGGUGCGGAUAGGGUGCCGGCAUGCCAUGCUGCCUAUAGAUCCUGCGAUAUCCCAAGCUAG